UGGCCGCUCUGCUCGGCUCUUUAGGCGCACGUGCAUCUUUUCCACCGUGCAGAAGCACUUCAGAGCGGGGACUUUCCACGCAUGGGUCCUCCUGUUCCUGUGCUGUGACACAUCUCCUCUCCUCGUCACCGCCAGUGCAGCGCGAGUGACUCACUGCGCCUGGAGGGGCUCUGUUUAAGGUCUCUCUCUCUCUGUCUCUCUCUCUCUCUUCUUCUUCUCACUUUCUCUCCCUUCCUGUUUUCCUCUCCUUCUCUCAGAAGCCUGACAUAGGGAAAGAGGGGAGGAGAAGCGGAAUAAGAGUGUGAGUCGUCUCCAGCGUCCUCACAGGUUACUUCAGUCCACUCAACGUGGACGUGAGUGCACUGGACAAAGGGAAGUGAAAGGAUCAGGCCAACUGCCUGCACAAUCAGGGGUUUUAGUUACUUUCGUGCCAUGACCCCGCGAGAGCACCUGAGGAAGAUGACCGCUCUGGGAGAGCAGGGUCCUAUCGACGAGAAGCACUGGUACCGCAUGGUCAACGGCAUGUCUGCAGGGGAUGUGGCAGAGCUGAGGCAGAGGCAGGAGAUGAUGAUGAGGAAUCAGAUGGCCAUGGCUCCACAGCUCCUGGCUCAGGGUCAGCAACGGCUGCAGGGCGUCCCAGGCCAGUUUGAGCCCCGCUUUAUGGACCGCGAGCUGGUGAACCCCACUGAGAUGGUGCCCUCAGAUGCCCGACAGAUCCACAUGGGUGCCCACCUUGGUCCUCCCUUGGCCCCCCACGGCAACGUUGUGCCCACCAGAGGAUUCCCAGGAGCAGGAUAUGGCUUCCUACCUUCAGAGCCCAUGGAGACAGUUGCCCGGCGACAGGAGAUGCUUCACAAGCAGAACAUUGCCAGAAUGGAGAUGAAUGCCAUACUGCACCAAAAGGAGUUAGAGAAUGCCCACCAGAAGGGGCUUUUGGGUAUUGAGUCCCCUAUGAUGUUCCAGGGUAUCCCUCCAAACAGUAUGGUGUACAGGGGGCGCCAGAGAGUUCCCGAGGGGCACCUUCCCAGUGAUGUCUAUGUCCACCGCACCACCCUAGAGGACCUGCAGGCCAACAGCCUGCUCAUGUCUGCCAGCCCUUAUCCACCAAUCAGCACACUGCAGAGAGAGAGAGGGCGGAGGACCAGCAGGAGGGCAGCCAACCACAAGGCCGCAGACAGCAACUCAUCUGGGUCUAAGGGCCAGUUGGAGGACAAGAGUGUUGAGCAGAGCCCGGGGGCCUUGGGGGAGGAGAAGGAGGCAGAAGGGAAGGGUGAGCCAGGGAGCGAGGGGAUGAACAAGGCAGAUCUGACCAAGAUGGACGCCGAGCUGCCAUCUGGCAGUGGGAAAAACUACAAGGACUGUGAGUCUGGGCUGCGCAAGAACGGCGUCAUCAGCCAGGAUGGCUGCGCAGACGCUGCCACCUGUAACCCGGGCCCUGGGGACAAGGGCAUGCCCAACCCCUGCUCCGCUUUUCACGAGAAGUUCAUGUACCCCUCCUCCUCCGCCCCACUCCCAAACACACCCUACAUGUUCCCAGUGCCGGGCAACGGACUCCUGCCUCCCGGGCCCCACAGUGUUUUUCUGAACGGUGAGGACAUGUCAUCCGCUGAAGACCUCCGGAAAUGGACCGUGGAAGACGUGUACAACUUCGUCAACAGCAUCCCCAGCUGCUCAGAGUACGCUCAGACGUUCAAGGAUCACCUGAUAGACGGAGAGACCCUGCCCCUCCUCACCGAGGAGCACCUUUUGGACACGCUGGGGCUGAAACUGGGCCCAGCGCUCAAGAUCCGAUCCCAGGUCUCUCGGAGGCUGGGGAGCAUGUUCUACGUGAUGAACCUGCCGCUCGCCUCGGCUGCCCUGCAGGCCAACCCAGAGAAGGCAGGGGACCGGUCUUCAGAGGUCAGCUCCCCUCUCAACUGCAACAGCGUGGAGAUGUUGGGCAGCCCCUGCGUCAGGGACACGGAGAGCACCAAACCCCCCGAGGAGAACCCUCCUCCGCAGGCCCCGGGUGAAACCGCAUGAGGAGCAGGGAGACGCGGCGCGGAGCAGCGUGCGUUGGGCUACGGCCCCGUUGCUGUACAAUGCAAACUACCCCCUCAGACUCAGGUUCAGCCCGUCGUUCCCCAACAAAUACGUCCCCGCCGGGAAUAACUAAGUACCACAACAACAUUGCUGACUGGACAGAUCCGCACGGGUUUAAUCAGCUCUGUUUUCAAAGCACUUGGUACUUUAAACUGACACGAUCUCUUCAGAACAGUGUGAACCUGGGAACAAGCUAAUGAAAAGCGUGGAGCAGUAAUGCAGUUUUUGGCAGCAAUGUUCAACAUAGAGUAGCAUUUACAAAUCCCCAGUGGUUGAAUAAAAUGCAAUGAAGUAAAGUAGUCGCAUCAGAAAGGACAUGCAAAAGGAAGACUAAUACCAAGUAUGGAAAGCUGUGACUUCUUGUUUCUUGUAUGUUAAAUUACAGGCUGUCUUGAGUACUGCGUGUUGUGUCAGUUGUACAAAGAAAACACUUUUUUGUAACUUAUAGUUUAUCAUGAUUGCUUUGUGAUAAAUUGUUUUUUAUGAGGA